CUAGUGCGUCACUUCCGGUCGACGGCGGAAGGCGGAAGGCGGAGCGGUCCCUGCGACCCGGCCGGCGGGAACUGCCUUCUAGUUUUUAGUCUCAGACCAGACCACCGGGCGUGCCCCCAUGCCGAGCCCGCAGCUUCUGGUGCUCUUCGGCAGCCAGACAGGCACGGCUCAGGAUGUGUCGGAGAGACUGGGUCGCGAGGCCCGGCGCCGGCGGCUUGGCUGCCGGGUGCAGGCCCUGGACUCCUACCCGGUGGUGAAUCUGAUUAACGAGCCCCUGGUGAUAUUUGUUUGUGCAACUACAGGCCAAGGAGACCCCCCUGACAACAUGAAGAACUUCUGGGGGUUUAUAUUCCGGAAGAACCUGCCCUCCACUGCCCUCUGUCAGAUGGACUUUGCCGUCCUGGGCCUCGGGGACUCCUCAUACGCCAAGUUCAACUUCGUGGCCAAGAAGCUGCACCGACGGCUACUGCAGCUUGGGGGCAGCGCCCUCCUGCCCGUGUGCCUGGGCGAUGACCAGCAUGAGCUGGGGCCCGACGCUGCUGUGGACCCCUGGCUGCGAGACUUGUGGGACAGGGUUCUGGGGCUGUACCCGCCGCCUCCGGGCCUCGCUGAGAUCCCUCCCGGAGUCCCCCUGCCCUCCAAGUUCACCCUGCUGUUCCUCCAAGAGGCACCCAGCACGGGCUCUGAGGGGCAGCGGGUAGCUCACCCCGGCUCUCAGGAGCCCCCGUCAGAGUCGAAGCCCUUCCUAGCACCCAUGAUCUCCAACCAGAGAGUCACCGGCCCCUCCCACUUCCAGGACGUUCGGCUGAUUGAGUUUGACAUCUUGGGCUCCGGCAUCAGCUUUGCUGCUGGUGAUGUGGUGCUGAUUCAGCCCUCCAACUCGGCUGCCCAUGUCCAGCGGUUCUGCCAGGUGCUGGGCCUGGACCCUGACCAGCUCUUCAUGCUGCAGCCGCGGGAGCCAGAUGUCUCCUCCCCCACGAGGCUGCCCCAGCCCUGCUCCAUGCGGCACCUCGUGUCCCACUACCUGGAUAUCGCCAGCGUGCCUCGCCGCUCCUUCUUCGAACUCCUGGCCUGUCUAUCCCUCCAUGAGCUGGAGCGGGAGAAGCUGCUGGAGUUCAGUUCUGCCCAAGGCCAGGAGGAGCUCUUUGAAUACUGCAACCGGCCCCGCAGGACCAUCCUGGAGGUGCUCUGUGACUUCCCGCACACAGCUGCCGCCAUCCCUCCCGACUACCUGUUGGACCUCAUCCCCGCUAUCCGGCCGAGGGCCUUCUCCAUCGCUUCCUCGCUGCUGAUUCACCCCUCACGGCUGCAGAUCCUCGUGGCUGUAGUGCAGUUCCAGACUCGCCUCAAGGAGCCCCGCCGGGGCCUCUGCUCCUCCUGGCUGGCAUCCCUGGACCCUGGGCAAGGACCUGUCCGGGUGCCCCUCUGGGUGCGGCCUGGGAGUCUGGCCUUCCCAGAGACACCAGACACACCUGUGAUCAUGGUGGGGCCUGGCACUGGGGUAGCCCCCUUCCGAGCAGCCAUCCAGGAGCGUGUGGCCCAGGGCCAGACUGGAAACUUCUUGUUUUUUGGCUGCCGCUGGCGGGACCAAGACUUCUACUGGGAGUCUGAGUGGCAGGAGCUGGAGAAGCGGGACUGUCUGACCCUCAUCCCUGCCUUCUCCCGGGAACAGGUGUGUAUGUUCAGGGGCUGGGAAAGGAGGGGAGGGAGCUCCGGCUCAGCCCCCAGCCCUGUUCUCUGCCCUACAGGAGCAGAAAGUAUAUGUGCAGCACCGGCUCCGGGAGCUGGGGUCGCUUGUGUGGGAACUGCUGGACCACCAGGGUGCAUACUUCUACCUGGCAGGCAAUGCCAAGUCCAUGCCAGCGGACGUCUCGGAAGCCCUGAUGUCCAUCUUCCAGGAGGAGGGUGGACUCUGCAGCCCGGACGCAGCCGCGUAUCUAGCCAGGCUCCAGCAGACACGGCGCUUCCAGACCGAGACGUGGGCCUGAGGCCCGCGGCUGCCCGUGCCCCCUCUGACAUCCAUCCUCCUGGGAGCCCAGGAAGGCAUCCACGAGGGAGCUCCUGGCCAGCAGCCGUCAUCCUCUCGGACCAGCCAGCUGGUCCUCUGGGAACAGCCAGCUCCCGAGCACAGCCGCGCUCCUGUUGACCCUGGAUCCCACCCUUUGAGCCUGACCCCACUGCAGCCUCUGCCCAGCCAGCCCUGCGCUCCCCCACCCUGACAGUGAGCUGUGUCCUCGUCCCCCCACCCCCUUCCCAGUCGAGGUGGUGGCCUGGGCCACUCCACCUCACCGGUGCAGUGACCCAGGACGACAGCAGCAGCCCAGUGAGCACCAGGGGUGGCAUAGGGCACCCAUGAGGCUGCGCUGCACUCUUCUGCCCUGGGGCCACCUCGGCUGCUGCAGCCUGCCCAGCAGCACAUUCCAAUCACUGCCCCCGCACUCCCACAGGGCUCAGAGGCCACUAAGAUGCCAGCUCCUUGAGAGCAGUGGGGGUGUCCCAGGCCAGAGCAGCCUCUUCCUCUCCUGGUCCCAGAAAAACCCUUGCAGUAAAUGGUGGCCUCUGGGUGGCUACUUCUAGCGCAGGCUUCCUUCCUUCCUCUAGCUCCUCCCGGUGCCCUGGGUGCUGGGUGCUGGAUGGGUGGGCAUCCUCUAGCUCCUCCCGGUGCCCUGGGUGCUGGAUGCUGGAUGGGUGGGCGCCACGGUGCACCCUUGUUGGGCUGCCUGUGCCCGAGUGGCCUCUGCAGCUCUUAUGUCUGCCUCUAAUGGGAUGUGCGCCCUGACUGCCUCGUUCUUAAGGGCAUAGUGGGUCGGCUAAGAUCUGAUCGCCAGGACUGGGUUCUGGGCAGGUGCUGGGAAGGCGGAGCCAAGCCGUCCGUGCCGCUAGGGAGCCGAGACUGCCGGAAAGAGGAGCGGCAGGAGGGGGCGUGGUUGUGCAGCCCCGCCCCUGGGAGGGGCUUUAGGCACUGGGAAGGAAAGUCCUGUUGGAGGAGUCCGGUGGCUGUUCACACCCGCCUCGCUGUCUUGGAGUCUUGAUCUGUGGUCGGCGGGUCGCUGGCACAGGACUAAACAUGGCUGAGGCUGGGCUCCAGCCAGAUCUGGCUGGGGACAGCACCGCGUGGGCCCAGGAUCCACCCAGAGCAGGCCGGCCUUGCUGGGGCCCCAGUCAAGUCCACUUCCAGUGAGGAGAGCCAGCCGGGAGGUCAGUGCCAGAGCCCUGGUGGAGCCCAGACCCUGCCUUCCCUUGAGGGCCACCCCUGUCGCCGCCCUGGGGUCCCUGUCCUCCUAUCCUGACUCCUGCCCCAGGGCCACCACCCCUGAACUGUGCCCUGGGGCCCCCACCCUCCACCCGGCCGACUCCAGCUCUGGGCCUGUCAGUCCACCUGGGUCCUCUCUGGGCCCUGAGUGCCUGGACCCUCUGUGCCAAGCACCAGCAAGCGAAGGGGAUGACCUUGGGCACCCCCAAGGUGCUGAGACUACAGCCAGUGAGCCCCUGCUGGGGGCCAAAGCCAUGGAGGGUGCCUGGGCCCUUCCAACCUGGAAGGAGGAGGGGAGAGAGCAGGCAGCAGGGCAGGGGGAAGAGGAGGAGUGCCCAAUCUGCACAGAGCCCUACGGGCCCAGAGAGCGCCGCCUGGCCCUGCUGAACUGUGGCCACGGCCUGUGUGCGGGCUGCCUGCACAGGCUGCUGGGCUCAGCCUCCAGUACCGACCUGGGCCGGGUGCGCUGCCCGCUGUGCCGCCAGAAGACGCCCAUGCUGGAGUGGGAGAUCUGCCGGCUACAGGAGGAGCUGCUACAGGCCGACGGGCCCUCACGCCAGCCCCGCCGAGAGGCCCCUGCAUCCUAUCACCGCAACCCUGGGCCCUGGGGCUCCCUGGAGCACCGCUACCAGCUGCGCUUCCUGGCAGGGCCCGUGGGCGGCCGGGGCUGCCUGCCCUUCCUGCCCUGUCCACCCUGCCUGGGUGCCCGGCUCUGGACCCUGCGGGAGCGGGGACCCUGUGCCCGCCGCCUGGCGCUGCUGAGCCUGCUGGCCCUUGAGCUUCUGGGGCUGCUGCUGGUCUUCACGCCGCUCCUGCUGCUGGGACUGCUCUUCAUGCUCCUGGACCGCUCUGGCCGCUGAGCAGAGCCCAGGACAGCCCCGCCGCCAACAGGCCAGGGGGCCCAGACUGGCCCACGUCCCCAUGCCUGGGUGCUGUGAGGCCUGAUGACCAGGCUGGAAAAACCCAAGGUUGGGUCCAGGGCAGUGGCCUUCAAUCAAGACCUCCCAUUGCUGAACCCACAACCAGGGCUACCCAGCGGCCUGACCCUGCCAGAGUCCAUGGCUGCACUGCUGCCCAGACACUAGCUGAACCCAAGGACACCAGUGCCCAAGGACAGCUCCUGGAGGAGGCCAGCCCAGCAGGAAAGUCUGUGAGCAGGACCCCAUUCACCCUGCGGCAGACGGGCACCGUACUGGCCACGGGCUGACGCCGGCCACACUUCCCCUCCGAGGGCCAGCUGAGCACAGCAGGCAUGAAAGCAAACAGAGAUACAGCAGUGAGUCAGUUCCUUGGAGAGGGCAGGGACUCCGCCCACCCUGUGUUCAGAUAAGGGCCAGUGUGUGUCCCUGAAGGUUAGGCCAGCCGGGGGAGGGGUCCAUGCUGCGAAAAUUCAGCCUGCAAAGGCUCCUCUCCCCACUUGGUCAGGCCCAGACCAGGUGGGGGUUGGCGCUGGCCUGUGUUGCAGGGGGCAAGGGCCCACCCAGGCCUUGGAACAUAAGCUCUGCCCCUGCACACCCUCAUGUCACCACACCUGGGAUGGAGACAUCGGGUGGCCCAGCGAGAGAUGGAGCACUGAGCCUGGAACGUGAAGCAGCUUUCAAUAAACCAGCUCCUGGGGA